AUGGCAAUCACUCCUCCUCCAGAUGCUGCAUCCCCUCAAGAGCUCCAUCAAAUAAGUCUUCCCAGGUCUAACUGCUUUAUAUCCACUUACAAUUGUUUAUGGAAGGCCCUUGCAAUUGCCCAAAAGCUUCUACUCAACAUGUGCAGCUGGUGCAGAGAGCUGUUGAAGAAGAAUGCACUCCUUGAGGCUUCAGCUUCUCAAGGCCAGAAGAAGCUCGCAGCAAAUGAACUUGCCCUUGUGGUGAAGCAAGAUGUCAUCAAGGCCCAUGGGUGCAAGUACUCCAUGGCAUGCUGUCUAUGGAUUGACACAAACCUGUUCCCUUUGCACAUGUGUCCUAACAUCAACCUCUCUAGCAAAGAGUGCUGGCUCUCUCCACUUGCUAUUGAGGACAGUGUCAAAGCCAAGUUGUUCCUCUUCAUUCCUCAGACUGACCAUGAGUUGAUGAAUCACAAAAACUUUGGGAGUAGUCAAAUCACUGCACAAGGGAACCCAACUGACACAUGGGAAGAAGAUUUUGAAUGUGCCUUGGAAGAUGGGGUGGAAGCACCUGUCUUCAGUGCCAGCACUCCACCAGUGUUGCCCAGAUCCUUGCCUCCUAACAAACCCCCACCUCAAGUCUCUAUUGACAAUACAGAAAUGGAUUCAGAUGCAGUUGCUGCAGCUCAAAGCAGACCCUCAGGAUUUAUCUCUACUGCAAUGCAAGAACUAGUAAUUUUAGAUUUGGAUGCACAGGAUCAAGUGGUGGAACACAAUACCAUUGAAAUCACUGACAUGACCACAAAGCCCAAGCCCAAGCCCAAGCCAAGACGUGGAAAGGGCAAGACUGCUCUUGAUGGUGAUUUAGAAUUGACAGCGGGUCUGAGUGGUUCUAACGUCUGGAAGUCUUCAUGGAAAAAGUAG